AUGGAUUUGGCAUGCCUUCGCGCGCGUCGGAGCGAGGCGGCAGCAAAUCGCCUCAAGGCGUCGUUUGUUCCGUUCACUUGGCUAACCAUAGUGCGCAUAAAAGAAGCUACGUUCACUUGGCUAAAUGUACACUACCGGACAUGCGGAUGGUUUCGGAGAUCCGAAUCCGGCCGGCCCUAUCUCAAGUGUAACGAUUGUGGGGUGAGGUUCCUUGAAGCCCAGUGUGACAAGACCAUUGAGGAAUGGCUAGAGAUGGACUUGUCUCACCAGAAGCUGCUUGUUUCAAACCAAGUCAUUGGACCUGAACUAUUCUUCUCUCCACUUGUUCUCUUCGAGGUUACUCAUUUCAGAUGUGGAGGAAUAUCAUUGGGUCUUAGCUGGGCCCACGUGUUGGGAGAUGCCUUUGCAGCUUCCGAUUUCAUCAACGGCUUAGGGCAAAAUAUGUCUGCCCUUGAGCCCAAUAGGCUACCAAACUAUACAACAUCAAACACAAAGUUCCAGAAACUUGAAAACGUACCACCCCCACUCCCCAUAAAACAGGUGAACCCAGUUGGUGACCACUGGAUAACUCCCAUUAACUCCAAAGUUAGAGAAGGAUCAGAGCCAAAAUUGGUGACAAUUUGCAAAAAUGACCCAAAAGAGAGGACAAGAGGCGAAUGCAGCAACAAUGCUGAUUUCUAUGGAUUGGAAGUGAAAGGGCAUAAGCCGGUUUAUGUGCAUUAUAACAUACAAGGUGUUGGAGAUGAAGGAGCUGUUUUAUUGCUGCCAGGACCUAAAGACUUUGGAGAGGGUAGAGGUGAAGGAAGAGCGGUGAAUAUUAUUUUGCCAGAGAAAGUAGUGUUUGGGCUGAAAUCUGAGUUGAGAAAGAAUGAUCUGUUGCUUGAGAAUGAGCUUUGA